AUGCCCGCCAUGACGCCCGGUGCUGCCACCCUCGAGCCGCCUGGAACGCCGACAGCAGCCAACCCAGCUGCCCACCUCAAGUCGACACCCACUGAGCCAUUGCACAUUGCGCCUGCAGCGCCCGGGCCCGACGCAGUGCGCAGAACAUCGCUCAACACGACCGCCCCGCGGAGCAUCAGCAUGGCUUUGAGUGGUGAAACUCAGCCAGAGGAGGAGGCCAUUGGCAGCCCCGUCAUGCACGAGACAUUGAGCGUCAUCGACGAGCACAUCACCGACAUGAGCACCCCACGACACAGUGCCGCCCCGAAGGAACUGCGCGCCAACGACUCGGGCAGCGAGUACAGCAGCCACCACCGCCUCUCAUACAUCAACGGCCAGGAGACUGACGAGGAAGAGAGCGCCGUGCACACUGAAGAGGAGGUCAAGACGUGGUCGCCUGCCCGCGUGGCCGAGUACCUGGAAGACGCUGGCGUCGAGAAGAAGCACUGCGACGUCUUUCGAGACCAGGAGAUCGACGGCGAGGCCUUGCUGGGCGUGGAUCGCAACUUCAUUUUUAUGCAAGAAUUCAAUCUGGGGCCCAUGGGUCCGCGGCUGCGGACCUGGAUGAAGAUCAACGCGCUGCAGUCGGAAGUGAAGAGCGCGAAGGAAGUGGCCAAGAUGCUGCACCCUGCAGAAUCCUUCGACGGGCAGGAAGACUUUCCCACUGAUGCUGCAAGGAUGCGCGCUGCAUCGACGGGAGCUGUACUGCCGCGUAUACCAAACCUUCGGGAGAGCAUGGGGUCUCGCGGCGGCACCGUGCGCCAGAAUACACUUCCACGAGCAGCGUCUUCUGCGGGUCGAUCUCCCAUGGAUGCGACAUCGCCCCUGAUUCAGCAUACGCCUGCGUCCCCUCCGAAGCUCCAUCAGAGGCGCCCAUCAGCCGCAUCCGUUCGCGAAAUGAACCAUACGAGACGCCACUCGUCGAUCGACUACAACCAGGGCAUGCCUCCACCUGCCGCGCCCGGGGCCAUCAAGCCGCAAAUCUCUGGUCCUCUGCCAAACGCGCACAAAAAGACCCCCUCAUUCGAUCGCGGCUGGACAAUGGGCUCACCCCAAUUGUCCCCACAGGAGUUACGUCGGCCUUCGUCGUCUCACCAUGCAUACUCGAAUAGUGCGAACGGGACAGGAUUUGAUGCGCGGGAGACCGGCCUCGACAACUCUGCUGAGCUAGAUCGCGGAUACUUUUCGGGCGGAGAGAUUGACAAUCGCGCGAAUCGCAACGUCCUGCGGAAGCGCACCAGUGCUGGACAAUCGCAUUCGCGCAACUCGAGCUACAAUACGGAGACCAGGCAGCGCGGCACGUCUUUCAGCCGGCGUCAUAGCAGAAUCGGCAGCGUCGACUCCCUGGCUCAAUCAAUUAACCACACAUCUGCGGCAGCAAAGCAAUACUUCGGAGGUGGUAAAUCUGAGCGAAGUUCAAGCGCAUUCGACUUUGUGCGCCCGCUUAAACCCAUGAGCGAGAUGAACCCGACGGUGACUAAGCUCACGUACGAUUCGCAUAGCAUCGACGCCAUCGCGAACUCACCACACAUUCCUGGAAGCGAAACAUCGUCCACCGGGCGUGCUUCGCCUUCGCCAGCCGCCCAUACCUCUUCACAUUCUUUCUUCAAGAAGCCCCGUUCCACUGGUCUCCGAGCCAUAUCAGACGCCAUCACAGGCGGAGAGAAGGCGCAUGCAAACGAUCUCUCGCCCAGCAAAGACUCUCCCAUGCAGUCACCAGCCCGCACGGGCUCCACCACGCCGUCAGGUACAUCGAUCUCAAAGAGUUUCGAGUUCGACAAGAACGAAGCAAACAGACGACUUACAACUAGCUCAGCUAAUACCAAAGACGCACGAAAGAAGGCGAAGAAGCAUGGGACCAGUGCAUAUCUCAAAGGCCGCCAACAGGUAUCCCCACAAGUGGCCAUGGAGAACUGCGACUACAGUGGUUGGAUGAAGAAAAAGUCCUCGAGUCUAAUGACGACCUGGAAAACGCGAUUAUUCGUUCUACGCGGCCGAAGACUUGCAUACUACUACUCCGAAAACGACACGGAGGAGAAGGGCUUGAUCGAUAUCUCGUCGCAUCGAGUCCUUCCGGCCAAUGACGAACGGAUGACAGGUCUCCAUGCCACAAUCACCCGUGCAGCGUCUUCGCCCUCCUCGCCACACAAUUCGACAAUACAGACCGCGGCCUCAACUGAUAGUGCGAACGGCAUCGAAGAAGACAUGUCGGGUAUGUUCAUCUUCAAGCUCGUACCGCCUCGUGCCGGACUGCAAAAGGGUGUCCAAUUCACAAAGCCAAUUGUGCACUAUUUUGCUGUCGAUAGUCUCGCAGUUGGGAGACUUUGGAUGGCCGCGUUAAUGAAGGCUACCAUCGACAGAGAUGAGUCACUCCCUUUCACCACCACCUACCAACAAAAGACGAUAUCUCUGGACAAGGCCCGCGCAAUGCGACAACGCCCACCAAAUCUAAUGGACGAGGGGGAGGCUGAUGGCGAUGUCGAAAAGAAGAGCGAGUAUUCAAAAGACAGCAUUAAGGAUAACGUCAUUCACGAGGAAGACGAAAAAGGCCUUGCAAUCUCUGGACUUGACGACGCAAAGGCUCUGCUUGCAUACGCUGAUAACAGCGACUCGACGUCGGAGAAGCCAUCGGAUCCAUUGCCUAGUACGGUCGCAACUUGA